ACCAGGCACCGGAAGUGUGAGUUGGCUGUCCGCAGAUAUCAAUAUGUCUGCCAUAUUUAAUUUCCAGAGUCUGUUGACUGUAAUCUUACUGCUCAUCUGCACCUGUGCAUAUAUUCGAGCACUCGCUCCCAGUCUACUGGACAAGAACAAAACGGGAUUCCUUGGAAUAUUCUGGAAAUGUGCAAGAAUAGGUGAGCGUAAAAGCCCAUAUGUGGCAUGUUGCUGUAUCAUCAUGGCCGUCACAAUUUUAUUUUCGGAGUAGCGACAAUACAAUCUGGGGAUUUGGAUGAUCUGGGAGAUAAAAAGCAGCUGCAAGAUUCUACGACAGGGAACAAGAUCUGUGAUUUGUCAACAUUCAGACUCUCAUGGGCAGAACUGGGGUUCUGUUGAAGCACAGCAGUAAUGCACGUCGAGUGAUCUUGAGGCAUUUCUCAGCCUACUGGACCUAUUUUUGUAAAUACAAAUUGUUGUCGGCCUCCAUGGUAAUGUUUCAAUAAUCAUUGACUCAGCACUCAAAGCUGUUUUGAUGUAACCAAAUGUUUAUGGGCGUCAGUGGGGCCGAAAUGCUUUUAAUAUGAAACAUUAGGGACAAAUGGGUUGCACAUACAUGUGCCUGAUAUCAUGCCUAUAUCAUCAUUCAUUUGAAUCUGUUGACUCUGUUUAAACAGAGACGUGAAUUUGCAUUAAAAGAUUAAUUUAAUACAGAAAGCUUUUCCAUGCAAUUUAAAUUUGUGAAAGUUUUGUACAGAUAUAGAAAUCUUGGCUGAUACCAACAGCUAAUCAUUUUAUUAGCCUAACCAAUAUGAUGGCUAAUAGUAUACACUAGCAUUUUGGCAGCCAAAAGUUUGGAGUAAUGUACAGCUUUUGCUGUUUCGGAAAGAAAUUGGUACUUUAAUUUACCAAAGUGCCAUUAAACUGAUCACAAAGUAUAGUCAGGACAUUACUGGCCCCAUUUCCAGCAGCCAUCACUCCAACACCUUAUCCUUGAGUAAUCAUGCUCAUUUCAAACAAGGAUGUACACUACAGUAUUCAAAGCAAAACAAAAAGAAAAUGUUAGAGCGGGCAAAGAAACACAGACAUUGGACAACAGAUAAUUGGAAAAGAGUGUUAUUGAUCUUAACCCCAUUGAGCUUUUGUGGGAUCAGCUAGACUGUAAGGUGUGUGAGAAGUGCCCGACAAGACAGCCACAUCUAUGGCAAGUGCUACAGGAAGUGUGGGGUGAAAGGUCACCUGAGUAUCUGGACAAACUGACAGCUAGAAUGGCAAGGAUCUGCAAAUCUGUUAUUGCUGCACGUGAAGGAUUUUUUGAUGAGAACUCUUUGAAGUAGUUUAAGAAGUUCUGAUUUUUUAAAUUUUUUUUUCAAAUUGUAAUAAUAAUUUUUCACAUUAUUAAUGUCCUGAUUAUACAUUGUGAUCAGUUAAAUGCCACUUUGGUGAAUAAAAGUACCAAUUUCUUUCAUAAGAGCAAAAUCUGUACGUUAUUCCAAACUUUUGGCUGACAGUGUAGAUCUCUACUUUUAGUUUUCUAAGUGGGUUUCACACUCCAAUAUCGUAUUUUACAAGUAAACUAAGGCAUCUAAAUAUUUAACCUCCUGAGACCCCCUGAAUGACUGUUGUGUGCAUUGUCCAUUUCCCUUUUUGAUUUGCAACUAGUAGCACAAUUUAUGUCCACAUACACCACAACAUUAAAACCCCCUCACACCACCAAAAAAGCACCACCGCACAUCUCAGAAUAGCUAUACAUCUCACCACAAUUGUACAGAGCGUUUAUCUGAGUUACUGUAGACUUUGUCAGUUCGAACCAGUCUGGCCAUUUCUGUUGACCUCUCUCAUCAAUGAGGCAUUUCCAUCUAAAGAACUGCAGCUCACUGGAGGUUUUUUUGUCUUUGGCACCAUUCUGAGUAAAUUCUAGAAUCUGUUGUGUGUGAAAAUCCCAGAAGAUCAGCAGUUACAGAAAUACUCAAACCAUCCGUCUGGCACCAACAAUAAUGCCAUGGUCCAAAUCACUGAGAUCAUAUUUUUCCCCAUUCUGAUGGUUGAUGUGAACAUUAACUGAAAGUCCUGACCAGUAUCUGCAGGAUUUUAUGCACUGCACUUCUGACACACGAUUGGCUGAUUAUAAAAUUGCAUGGAUGAUUGUUGGUGCCAGACGGCUGGUGAAAAUGCAUGUUAAAUAUUUACUAAUAUUUACUAAUGCAUUUACUAAUGUUAAUUAAUAGAACCGUAUUGUACAAUGAAAACAAAAUUAAAAAAAAUAUAUUAAAA